UUACGUCACGCAACCUGGGUUAAGAGGAGACAAGUAUGGCGGCCGUGUUGCGAGGGACCCAGUACCUAGUGGGAAGGCGGUGCAGGAAUGUUCAAUAUGCGAUUGCCUCCCAGAGGUCCAUGGCCUCCAAGACACAGGUGGGCUUUAUUGGCCUUGGAAAUAUGGGAAACCCAAUGGCCAAGAAUUUGCUGAAAAACGGAUACCCAGUAAUUGCCACAGAUGUCUUCCCAGAGUCCUGUAAGGAAAUUCAGGAACUGGGUGCCCAGAUUGUUGACAAUCCUGCAGAUGUAGCAGACAAGGCUGACCGCAUUAUCACCAUGCUUCCCUCCAAUCCCAAUGUUAUUGAUGCCUAUACUGGAGCUAAUGGAAUUCUCAAGAAAGUGAAGAAGGGUUCAUUGCUGAUUGAUUCCAGUACAAUUGAUCCGGCUGUUUCCAAAGAGAUGGCGGCAGCUGCUGAGAAGAUGGGAGCAGUUUUUAUGGAUGCACCUGUGUCAGGAGGUGUGGGUGCCGCCAAUUUAGGAAAGCUGACUUUUAUGGUGGGAGGAGCUGAGGAAGAAUUUACUGCUGCCAAAGAGCUACUUAGCUGCAUGGGAGCCAAUGUGGUGUACUGUGGUCAGGUUGGAACUGGACAGGCUGCCAAAAUCUGCAACAACAUGCUCCUUGCUAUUGGAAUGAUCGGUACGGCAGAAACAAUGAAUUUGGGAAUCAGGCUUGGUCUUGAUCCAAAACUCUUGGCAAAGAUCUUAAACAUGAGUUCAGGACGUUGCUGGUCGAGUGACACCUACAAUCCUGUGCCUGGAGUGAUGGAGGGAGUCCCGUCUGCAAAUAACUACCAGGGAGGCUUUGGCACCCAACUCAUGGCAAAGGAUCUUGGUCUGGCCCAGAACACAGCUACCAACACAAAGACUCCUGUUCCACUCGGUUCUUUAGCGCAUCAGAUCUACCGGAUGAUGUGCGCCCGUGGUUACGCCAGUAAAGAUUUCUCCUCUGUGUUCCAGUUCUUGCGCGAGGAGGAGGGACAGUAAUAUGUGCCUCCUCUUCUCCGUCCCACGCAAGCCUUACCGUCACUGGCCUGUUGCCACUGCACUGUAGGGGGCAUCUUCAGCGGCCUGAUAAGGACUUCUCCGAAGUUGUCAGUGGCAGAGCCACAUGAGCUCCCAAAACAACCUUAUGACUAAACAAUGCAACACUCCUUUCUCAAUUGGAGGCCAUACUGUCAGACAUGGAGAGGAAUAAAAUGUUUAAGGCUGUCCCAAUAGAGCGCUUACUUCACAAUAUGUGUCAGCUGGGGUUUUUAGUUACAAGAAUGAGACUGUAUUUCUCGUUUAUAAUCAUUUUGUUACUUUUCAAUGGCAAUGUCAUUUCAACGGUGUGUGAUAAUAUCUUGCAAAGAAAUAAAAACAAAUCCUUUUCUUAUACUUUAAUUGAAACCUGAAUUCUAAAUUACAGUAAUAUAUAUUUGCCAUCAUAAUACUGUUUACAUCAGCAUUGUUUAAUUCAAAGAUGUUCAAUGCACAUUUUACCUUCUGGUGAAACGGUUUUAUUAGCAAUGAAAUGUCUAAAUAAAAGAUCAAUACCAUGCGUCUGUGCCACAUACGUUUUCUGCCACUAAUA